AUAUAACUAACACGCGAUUGAAGCACAAGUCCGGGAAGCAACAGAAUGGGAGUCCACGGUCUCUGGGAACUACUGGCCCCCGUCGGCCGGCGCGUCUCCGUCGAAACCCUUACCGGAAAAACGCUCGCCGUCGACGCGAGCAUAUGGAUGGUGCAGUUCGUGAAGGCGAUGCGCGACGAGAAGGGCGAAAUGGUUCAAAACGCUCAUUUGCUCGGCUUCUUCCGCCGUAUUUGCAAGCUUCUGUUCCUACGGACGAAGCCAGUUUUCGUCUUCGACGGCGGAACCCCCGCCCUCAAGCGCCGCACAGUUAUCGCCCGCCGCAGACAGCGCGAAAACGCCCAAGCCAAAGUCCGCAAGACUGCGGAGAAAUUGCUACUCAAUCAUUUAAAGGCACUAAGGUUGAAGGAACUGGCUGAUGAUGUUAAGAACCAGAGGAUGAAGCUGGAUAGUGAUACUAAGGGUCAGAAAAAAUCUAUUGAGAAGGACUUUGUUGGCUAUGAUUUGGAAAGAAGUCAUCUGAAAGAGCUAGAUGAAAUGUCUGCAGCUAAAUUUGCAGCUAAGGUGGACCGAAAUUUUCCAACAAUAUUGACAAGCUGCAACCAGGAGGAACUUGAUGAAAUGUUGGCAGCAUCUAUAGCUGCUGAGGAAAAUGGAAUACUUGACAGAACAGGAGUGGCCUCUACUGUAAUUAAUCCUUCAGAAGGGGAAUGUUAUGCAGAUGAAGAUACUAUGCUGCAAUCAGUCAAUGCAGAAGUUGAUAUAGCAGUAUUAGCUGCUUUGCCAGAGUCAAUGCAGCUUGAUAUUCUCGCGCAGCUUAAAGGAAAGAAAACAGAAGGACUAGUAAAGGAAGUUGACAACCAGAAACAUGAGUAUAAUGAUCGGGGCAAAGGGAUUCUGCUCAGUGAAACUGACAUCGUAGGGUGUAGCUCAAGACAUGAUCAUGUGACAUCAAGAAUGUCAAAUCAAGACACAAUCGAUGAAAUGUUAGCUGCAUCUGUUGCUGCAGAGGAAAAUGAAAAAGUAAAUAAUGCAUCAACUUCCAUUGGGGCUUCCACUAUUGAGGAAGAGGAAGGUGACAAUGAUGAAAAUGAAGAGAUGAUACUGCCAGCUAUGCAUGGUGAAGUUGAUCCAGCUGUUCUAGCCUCUUUGCCUCCAUCAAUGCAAUUGGACCUUCUUGUUCAGAUGAGAGAGCGUCUGAUUGCAGAGAACAGACAAAAGUAUCAGAGAGUCAAGAAGGAUCCUGCAAAAUUCUCUGAGCUACAAAUACAAGCUUACCUUAAAACUGUUGCUUUUAGACGAGAGAUAGAUGAAGUACAGAAAGCUGCAGCUGGAGGAGGAGUAGGUGGUGUACAAACUUCGCGGAUCGCAUCUGAAGCCAACAGAGAAUAUAUAUUCUCAUCAUCUUUUACUGGUGAUAAACAGGAACUUACCUCCACUAGGUUAAAGAAAAAUAAAGAUACACAGCAGAAGAUGCCAGGAACACAUCCUUCACAGAAUCUUGCAAAUAGAAUUAUUGCAGGCAAUGAUUCUAAUCCUUCAGGUGGAUUGGUUCUCAAUGAACCUAGUGAGCCUGUUAACAGUAUUCAGACAUAUCUUGAUGAGAGGGGUCGAUUUCGUGUUAGUAGAUUGAGGGCUAUGGGGAUGCGUAUGACCCGUGAUAUACAAAGGAAUUUGGAUAUAAUGAAGGAGAUUGAGCAGGAAAGAGCAUGCGUGAACCAGGCUGCAAAUAUUGGAACAGUAGAAAUUGCAGGCAAUAAUGAUCCAUCAGAAAGUUCUGGGAUCCAGUUUGUUGGUAAUUCACGAGAGGUCAAUGUUGACUUAGUUGGAGAUAAUGGGCAAAAUGAACAAUCAAUGCCUGAUAAGGAUACUACUAUAGAUAUAUCUUUUGAAUACGAUUGCAAUAAUAAGUUUACAAAUGGUGAGGAUGAUAUUUUUUCCAGUUUAGUAGGAGGAAAUCCAGUGGCAAUCUUUUCUGCUGAUGAUACUGCAGAAACAGAGCUACCAUCUCAUUCUGAUUCAGAUGGUGGUUGGGAAGAAGGAAUUGUUGAAGGUAAGAAUAACAUUUUUCCUGAACAUGAUAAGGUAAAAUUGAAGUCUUCUGUUGCAGAUGAGGAUAAUAUUAACGAUGGUGGAGUAGAAUGGGAGGAAGGAGAUUGCGAUGGUGCUAACAGCACCUUACUGUCAGGAAAAUUGGCAUCUCAAGGUUGGUUGGAGGAGGAGUCUGAUUUGCAAGAGGCAAUAAGGAGAAGUCUUGAAAGUACAGGGGAUGGCAAACUUAAAUGCAUGUCAUCUCUAGAUAAGGAUUUGAAUGCUUAUGAGAACAAAUUGGAUCACAGUUUAGAACAUCGAGAUGAUCUGCAUUGUUCUGUCCUAGUGAAUUUAAAUGAAAACCUUGGGUUCCUGAAUCAUAAAGAUAGUAUGAACAGUUUCACUUUGUGUAGGGAACACAGUAAUGAACAAAAUGAAUUACAUGAAAUUGAAGACAGAUAUAAAAAGCAUGAUUAUGUGGCUGGAAAUAAUGCACAAACUUCCCAUUUUAAUGGAAGUCAGCCAAAGUCAUCUGUGACAAUAAAUUCCAGUAACGCAGAGAUAUUGAUUGACAAACCUUGCGGAUUGGACAGACACUCUUGUUCUGAAGAUUCAAUUUCAGAUGCAAAUGUAAUGUUGAAGGAUGAGGUCCCCAUGGUUGCAGAGCAAUUAUUGGAUGAACAUGAUGAAGGUAAAGUGUCUUUCUAUUGCAACAAUACAUCCAAGGUUGAUCCACUUGCUGAAACUCAAGAAGAGAAACAGAACUAUAGUAAGGAAUCUAAAGCAUUGAGUAAAUCUACUGACAAUACCAAACCAGCUAUUCUUUUGGUGGAAUCAUCCUUGAAAGGAUCAAAAGAAGACCUUGAUAUUGAGCCAAAAUUGCCUUCAGAGAACAAUAAUGGAAAUUUCUAUGAGGAAAUAACUAGUAGCCUUGGAAAAGAUGCAGUUAAGAUGCUGGGAGAUUUUCCUGCUCAUGCACCUGAGGUUAGACUGGAGGAAGAAAUGCAAAUUCUUGGUCAAGAAUAUAUCAACCUAGAAAAUGAGCAGAGGAAGCUAGAGCGUAAUGCAGAAUCUGUAAACAGUGAAUUGUUCACCGAUUGUCAGGAACUACUGCAAAUGUUUGGCUUGCCAUAUAUUAUUGCUCCAAUGGAAGCAGAAGCACAAUGUGCUUAUCUGGAAAUUGCAAAACUAGUUGAUGGGGUUGUGACCGAUGAUUCUGAUGUCCUUCUGUUUGGGGCACGCAAUGUUUACAAAAAUAUAUUUGAUGACCGCAAAUACGUAGAGACAUACUUCAUGGAGGACAUUGAAAAGGAGCUUGGAUUGACCAAAGAAAAAUUAAUACGCAUGGCUCUUCUUCUUGGGAGUGAUUAUACUGAAGGUGUAAGCGGGAUUGGCAUUGUUAAUGCUAUUGAGGUUGUGAAUGCGUUCCCUGAGGAAGAUGGCCUCCUGAAAUUCCGGCAAUGGGUUGAGUCACCAGAUCCCACCAUCCUUGGAAGAUUGGAUACUAAAAGUGGAUCCAGUAGCAGAAAGAAAGGGUCAAAAGUAGAAGAAAAAAUACAUUCCUCAAAUUGCAAUGUUAGCAAGUCUGCAUCAGACCAGAACAUCCCCCAUCCGCAGGAGCAAAAGGAGUUACCAGAUUACAACCAAGAAAUAAAGCAAAUUUUCUUCGAUAAGCAUAGAAAUGUUAGCAAGAAUUGGCAUAUUCCUUCUUCUUUUCCGAGUGAAACAGUUAUAUCUGCUUACUCUGCUCCACAUGUUGAUAAGUCAACUGAUCCCUUCACGUGGGGAAAGCCAGAUCAUCUUAUUCUUCGCAAAUUGUGCUGGGAGAAAUUUGGGUGGACUGGCCAAAAAGCAGAUGAGUUGCUAUUACCUGUGUUAAAGGAAUAUAACAAACAUGAGACUCAACUGCGAUUAGAAGCAUUUUACAGUUUCAAUGAAAGAUUUGCAAAAUUCCGUAGCAAGAGAAUUAAGAAAGCAGUAAAAGGAAUCACUGGUCAGCAGCCUUCAGAUUUGAUAGAUGAUUCUGCAAAAUUGUACAAGAAUAGGAAGGAUGGGAAAGAACCUGAGGAUAGCAAAUUGGAGAUUUCAAGCAGAACAGAGGAAAGUCUUGAAGGUAGGGAAUCAAAAAUAAAGCAAUCAAGGAAAAGGAAGGAUGAUGGGGAUACUGUUGCUAAAGUGCAGUCAAAGAAAAAGAAAAUCAUUGAUGAUCCAUCUUCUGCACCUGGUACAUCUGAGGUGGAGAAUUUACAGCCGUGUAUGCAGACAAAAGAGCAGCGUGAUGAUGAGGCAAUGAUUUGGAAUAGAAGGGGCAGAGGAAGAAGUAGUAGAGGUACGGGAAUGAAAAAAGGAAGGAAGAAGAAAAGUCAUGCUGAAACCUCAUCUAGUAGUAGUGACAUUGAAGAUCAUGAGCCAAUAGUGCAUGCAGAUAAGGUUCCAACAGAAGUGCGAAGGUCAAUGCGAUGUCGGAAACCUGUCAACUAUUCUUUCGAAGACCUUGAAAUUGAAGAUGCUGAUGAUUCAUUUGAUCAGAGCAAUCAGACUUGUUUUCUUGAAGUGCCAAUAGAAGAGAAUUUAUCUCAUAUUCAUGGUGCAUGCGAUGAUUUUGCAACUGAGUUUAGCAUGGGGAAAGAAUGCAGUGCAAAGAAUUUUCCUCUAAAGGAUAACUUGCCCAGUCAUCUUAAGUCAGAAGGUUGGUUUCACACUGAUGCUGGUCAAACUAGUCAUCCCGGGACUGGCAACCACGUGUCUUCUGAUGACUACCUUAAAAUGGGAGGUGGAUUCUGUUUAGAUGAUAGUGAGACAGGUAACCAGCAUAAUUCAAUUGAUUGUGUGCAUACUGCAACAGUGAAUUAUAGUGCUGAAUUUCCACGUUCUGAUUUUUUGGAUGAAACUGACCGUGAUAAAAAUAAUUCAGAUAGAUUGUUGUCUGACACUGAAAAGGCUGAUAAUGGAAUACAAGAUGGAGCGGCCUCUUGUAAAUUCAAUAAAGAAUCAAAUGACCUUGUAAAUGCUAGUAGUUAUGAUCAUUCUUACAUAGGGGACUCGAUACUAGAGAAUGCUCAUAACAAUAGUGGAGCCUCCACUGGAGCUUUUAGUGCUAUGCCGUUUUUGAGAAGAAGAAGGAAGAACUGAAACUUUGGAUUUCCGGUUUGUGCUUAUUUCUGCUAACACUUCAACUUGUUUGGUUUCUUAUUAUGUAUUUUCUUGUUCCAUUUGAUUGUAAGGACAGGGGUUCUUGGAAAAGCUGGGUUUAAAUUUAUAAUUCCUCGUGCCAUGUGUAUCUUGCACAUAUGCUUUAUCAUCAAGAAAAUGUUAAUUGCCAUGUGGCUAUAAUG